UGUGAAACUAAUCGAACCGGCUUUUGUUAUUCGUUGCUGAGCAACAAACAGAAAAUAGUAAUAUUCAUUUAAUUUGUUGAAUCUUUCCAAACAAAUCGAAUAAGUUGUUAACAAGCAACGAGGGCAGUUUCAUAUUAACAGUGAAAAUAAUUCGAAUCAUCAACAAAUAUGGCCGAAACAGAGAAAAUCGAAGUUCGCGAUAUCACACGCAUUGAGCGCAUUGGCGCCCAUUCGCACAUUCGCGGACUCGGGCUGGACGAUGUGCUGGAGGCUCGGGCUGUCUCGCAGGGCAUGGUGGGCCAGAAGGACGCCCGUCGCGCUGCCGGAGUUGUGGUGCAAAUGGUGCGAGAGGGAAAGAUAGCUGGACGCUGCAUUCUGCUUGCUGGCGAGCCGAGUACCGGCAAAACGGCAAUUGCCGUCGGCAUGGCCCAGGCAUUGGGCACUGAGACACCAUUUACCAGUAUGUCGGGCUCAGAGAUUUACUCGCUGGAGAUGAGCAAAACUGAGGCACUGUCACAGGCGCUGCGCAAGAGCAUCGGAGUGCGCAUCAAGGAGGAGACGGAGAUCAUUGAGGGCGAGGUGGUGGAAAUACAAAUAGAGCGUCCAGCAACUGGCACUGGCCAGAAGGUUGGCAAGGUGACACUGAAGACCACUGAAAUGGAGACCAAUUACGAUUUGGGCAACAAGAUCAUCGAAUGUUUCAUGAAGGAGAAGAUUCAAGCUGGCGAUGUCAUCACCAUCGACAAGGCUUCUGGCAAGGUCAACAAACUGGGACGCAGCUUUACACGUGCUCGCGACUAUGAUGCCACUGGCGCCCAGACACGUUUCGUCCAGUGCCCGGAGGGAGAGCUGCAGAAGCGCAAGGAGGUGGUUCAUACAGUCACCCUGCACGAGAUUGAUGUGAUCAACAGUCGCACCCAUGGCUUUCUGGCUCUGUUCUCCGGCGAUACUGGUGAGAUCAAGCAGGAGGUUCGCGAUCAGAUCAACAAUAAGGUGCUGGAAUGGCGCGAAGAGGGCAAAGCUGAAAUCAAUCCCGGUGUCUUGUUCAUUGACGAGGUGCACAUGCUGGACAUUGAGUGCUUCUCGUAUUUGAAUCGCGCUCUGGAGUCGGAUAUGGCACCUGUGGUGGUAAUGGCCACCAAUCGAGGCAUUACACGCAUUCGUGGCACCAAUUAUCGCAGUCCCCAUGGAAUACCCAUUGAUCUGCUUGAUCGCAUGAUUAUAAUACGCACUGUUCCAUACACUGAUAAGGAGGUCAAGGAGAUCCUAAAGAUACGCUGCGAGGAGGAGGAUUGCAUCAUGCACCCCGACGCCUUGACCAUUCUCACACGCAUCGCCACGGACACCAGCCUCCGCUAUGCCAUUCAACUGAUUACCACAGCUAAUCUGGUCUGUCGUCGUCGCAAGGCAACCGAAGUGAACACCGAGGAUGUCAAGAAGGUCUAUUCUCUAUUCCUGGAUGAGAAUCGCUCCAGCAAAAUACUCAAGGAGUAUCAGGAUGACUACAUGUUCAGCGAGAUUGUCGAGCAUGACGAGGACGUCGCUGCUGCUACCGGCGGAGGCGCCAAGCGUCGCAUAGAAGCCGGCGAUGGCGAUGCUCUGCCCAUGGAGCAUUAGAUUUUAACUGACACUUAUACAUUCUUCUCAUCACCAUUCACUGAGCCCCAAUAAAUGAUUACAGAGCAAUGUACCUAAUAUUA